GGACUCAAGUAUACAAAAAGUUCAUCCCGAAGUUACUAUGUGAAGUUCCUCAGGAUAAAUCUGCGACAAUGCAGGAUGGUGAUAAUCUUUCACCUAAAAAAGGUACCAAAACAAAUAACUUAUUCAAAAAAUCAGAGAAAAAUGAACCUCGAACUAAUUAUGGAAAUGUUAGUGAACAACAGGAAGCUGUUUGCAAACCAGCUGAUUAUCGCUCACUUCUGUCGUUUCACAAGUCAGCUUCUCAGUCUAAUGUUCAAGGAAAUGGAAGAGAUUACAAGCAUGAUCUUGCAAAAGAAUCAAAAUCAACAGAGUUUGGUAAGAAAUCAAAGAAUGAUAUGAAUGAAUACACAGAAGACAAAUUAGAGUCAAUCGCUAAUAUACAAAAUAGAAAGUUCAAUGAAGCUAAAGCAAAACAAGCGAGGGACUUUGAAUUGAAAUAUGAUUUAGAACGAAUGAAUUCAUUAAAACAUCGAGGAAGGAACAGGACAAGUUUAGUUGAUGUUGUUUUCACCCCCCCAGAAGUCGUAAAGAGACCCAUGUCUGCAGUUCCUCAUCAACAUUCAAGAAUGACAAAUACAGAGUGGAACCACAAUCAGAAGGAACAGCGAGGUCACCCAGGUGCAGUGAGUUCAAGAGAUCAUGCAGAACCAAAAGGAUCUACAGAAUUAUCCAACAUUACUAAAAUUCUUGACAAAUUUCGACGUAGAAUGUCUUUAAGAAAUACCAGUUAUCCACCCAGAGAAGCUUAUUCAAGCAGUGAAAAAUCUUCUGAAAUCAGCAAGAGAGAAAUAACUUCUUCGAACAGAUAAGUAUCGAAUGCAGCUAUCCAUGACAUUCCCAAGCUCGAUAACCAUCAUUCUGAACAUUCAAGAUAUAGAGAAUCUUAUCGACUUAGUAGGCAAGGUGAAUAAAGCAUAAACUCACAUAAACAUAAGUUAAAAAAUAUUGGAAAGAAUGUUACAACAAAUAUGGUAUUACCUUGCUAAUUUUUAACUCUAAAUUAUAGGAAAUUCAUUUGUU